AUGACCGAGAUCUUCGUAUCGAGUGAUAAAUCCGAUGAGUCUCCGCCUCACGCAAGUCCAUCCAACGAUAGGACGCCUAGAGAUUGUGGUGGUGCACCUAUACAUCACCACGAACGAAUUAACUCAAGGGAUCGGGGUAACACUGGUACCAGUGCUCAUGCUGGCACCAAUCAAGAGGCCAGGGACCGAAAUGUCCUGCGCCACGCUCCCCAAGUGGAGUCUCCGUGGAUGCCGCCAUCCAGAGAGUUGGACCGGUUGGCCGGCAUGACUACCGAGCGGGAUCAAAUCCCGUUGUUCGAUUGCAGGAAGAUUUGCCCACCUGAUCCUAGCACGGAAACUAUCCGUGCUGAGGAAGAAUUCUUCACCGAUGUGAUUUUCAAACAUCGGUGGUGCAAUGGCAACCGCGGUCGAGACGGAAAGGCCAUGGUGCAAGAAUGUAAUGCCCUCAUCCAUAACAUCAAGUACAUUGGCCGUGAGGCCUGGUUCGGUAAACUUGAUGCAGCUCGUAUCAGGUUUAAAAGCGUAACCAAGCCGGUGGGGAAAAAGUAUACAGGUUGCCUGGACAACUUGAACCGUGCCCCUAGAGAGGCCUUCCUCCCUAACGUUCCCUACUGGAGGGCGCGCAUCUCUUCUGAGAUGGCCGAAGGGAUUGACACCUUGCAAUCAAUGUACUCGCGUUUGGGGAGGUCGUUUUCCGACGGCCCUUCUUCGAACGCAGCGGGUGGGUCUCAUCGUACUGAUCGAAGAGACCCAGGACAUCAACAAUCAGCUGGGCACGAGGCUCCCAGCUGUCCCACGCCGGUGGAUAGCCACGCCAGCGAACGAGGUAACUCUUCCAAAUGCCAUUCACAUCGUGGUAGUUCAAAACACGCUCCACUAGGAAUUGUUGACCACCGCUUUGAUCCACCGAAGGAUGUGGUGGCGGCGGGAACACCCGAUCCGGCUCGAGGGUCGGAUCAGCUUGAUGUUCUAGAGCUGAAUUAUGUAAAGGAGCAGUUGCAAGAUGACCUGGCUCACGAACGGGUUCGGCGUUAUAAGCUUGAGAAUGAUGUAAUGGAUAUUUAUGAUUCCCUAACGCACGAUCGUUCGGACGAUCGUUCCGCUUUUGCGUACGCGCAACUUAAAGACAAAAGCUCGAUUCGUUCUCUUCGUGACGAGCUGGCUGUAGCUCGUCGAGACAUCGCUGAACUGCGUGAACAGGUCGCUUCGCUAGUCGACCAGACUGGCUCGCUGAAACGGAACCGCUCGAAGGUGGUCUCGGCCCUCGACCACGGAGGUAUUCUUCGCAUCUCGAAACGGGCUCGUACUGAUAGUACGGGCGGAUGCGUUUACUGGAGACAGUAA